AUGGCUGAUCCUCUGGUUGCUAGGUGCCUUUACUCUGGCAAAGGUUAUAUGAUUCAUUUGAAUCAAUGCAUGAGCUACUCUGAGUUGUAUGAAGACAUAUUCCGUACAUUCCAGUUUUUCCCAAGUGAUAUUAGUGAGCUUCAGUAUUCAGUUCCAGGUUGUGAAGUUUGUUUUCUUCGUAACGAUCGUGAUUUCCAGAUGCUGUUUUGCUCUGCUAGAAUACAUCGGCUAGAGUGUAUUGAUAUUUCAGUUUUAAAGAUUGGGGGAGGUUGUAGGACAACUUGUUCGAUGGAUAGUGGUUCGGAAGUUAUUGAUGAAGAUGAUUAUUUGGGUGAGGCAUUCAAGACUGAAGUUCACAAGACGUAUUUGUCUGAUGAGUGGAGUUCUUAUAUUCAUCAUGUCGGGGAUAAGUUUCAUGGUGCUGCUGAGCUCCGUGAGAAGCUCAAAAAGUAUGCAAUUGCAGUUGGCUUCGAGUUUGUAUUCCUGAGAAAUGAUUUGGACCGUAUUCAUGCAGUCUGGGCAAAUGUUGGAACCGAAGGUUGUGAUUGGCAUCUUCGUGCUUUUUCAUCAUCUGCCAAUGGUUGCCUUUAUAUAAUAGAGUUGAAUAAUAUUCACACUUGCAAGGGUGUAGUUAGGACUCAAAAGCACAAGCUUUUGGGAUCCAAGGUUGUCAAGACUUGCAUUGCUGCUGAUGUUAGCUAUAAUCUUUCAUUGAAGCCAAGGGAGAUUAUGAGCAAGUUCAAAUCAACAUACGGGUUUGAUAUUUCCUACAAGGUUGCAUUGAAAGCAAAGCAUCGGACCAAGGAAGCGAUUUCUGGUUCCGAUGCAGACACAUUCAGCAAGUUUUCUUGGUAUAAGGAAGCUGUUUUGCAGAGUAACCCCGGCUCUUCUUUUGUGUUGGAAGUUGAACCAUCUACAAAUCAUUUUCAGAGGCUAUUCGUAGCUUACGGAGGUUGUGUAAAAUGCUUCCAAUUCAGUUUGCCUGUGUUGUAUGUUGAUGGAACGUUUGAUAAAAGCAUUUACAAGGGGUAG